AACCCCCAAGUUGUGGCCGCCCUCGUGGCCGUGCUGCGUCUCGAGGCGGACAUUCAGCCAGUGCAGUACGCCUUGACCAUUCUCUACGAAGUUGUCCGGGAGAACAGCAGCCGCUACGAGGCCAUGUGCGGAGCGCUCGAAAACUCAAAUGUCUUCGAAGACUUUCUGCAGCUGCUGCAGCGCCCGGGGGUUGACAGCUACACGGGGGACCGCGCGGCCUUCAUGCUUUCGGGGUUUAUGUGCCGCGCGAGGAGUGUGGCGUUUUCCGAAGAGCAAGUCACUUAUUUUGUGCAGCAUUUAAUUGCCAAGAAGUUUCCCGUGUCGGAGUCGGGGCGCCUUGACGCGCUAGUUAACAUUCUCAAAAUUGAUCGAUGGCGGCCGCUUGUGUGGGAGACCCCUGGUCUGCCCGAGGUGCUGCUGAAGGACCUUUCGCUGAGUGGUUCGCGUGGGCCUCCACGUGAUUGA